GGAAGCGGAAACGAGCCUUCUCUUCUCCGCCAGUGUUCGCAGCGCAGCGGCACAUGUGCGAGCGAGAUCAUAAUAAUUGAUCAAAAUGCGCAUCGAGAAGUGUUAUUUCUGCUCGGCUCCGGUGUAUCCGGGACACGGAAUGAUGUUUGUGCGCAACGACUGUAAGGUUUUCAGGUUCUGUCGGUCCAAAUGCCACAAAAACUUCAAGAAGAAGCGAAACCCAAGAAAGACCAGAUGGACUAAAGCGUUCAGGAAGUCAGCAGGCAAAGAGCUGACGCUGGAUAACGCACUGGAGUUUGAGAAGCGAAGAAAUAUUCCUGUCAACCAUAACUAA